UUUUAAAGAAUGAGCUAGCGUUUUACCAGUUCACUUGGAGAAUGUUUCAUGGGAUAUUUUCAAGUGAGAAGAGCAAGAUGUGAAAAAGUCUGUGCAUGACAGUCCCAGUUUUAUAGAACAGUGACAAAAAUAAGCCCUUCGGAAUGUAGGGGUGUGUGUGUGUGUGCGUGCGUGCGUGCGUGCACGCGUGCAGGAUGCAUAACGGGUUGCUAACAUGGGUUGGGGGUAGAAUGAUGUCUGUGGAAGGAAGCAAAGCAAAACAGAAAAAGGCUGUAUUUCAAAAAACAGCCUACACGAUACGAUCCCAUGUAUGUGUGUGUGUAAGUUAUAUUUACAGGUAUAACGUGCUUUGCUUACUUCAGAAGAGAGUUACGAUUUUUAAAACGACCAGAAAGGAGUGAAUAUUCGUCCUGCCCUAUGAUAGAAACUGUCAGCAUCAAUAAGGCCAUUAAUACGCAGGAAGUGGCUGUAAAGGAAAAACACGCCAGAACGUGCAUACUGGGCACCCACCAUGAAAAGGGGGCGCAGACCUUUUGGUCUGUUGUCAACCGGCUGCCCCUCUCGAGCAACGCUGUGCUCUGCUGGAAGUUCUGCCACGUGUUCCACAAACUCCUCCGGGAUGGACACCCAAACGUCCUGAAGGACUCUCUGAGAUACAAAAACGAAUUGAGUGACAUGAGCAGGAUGUGGGGCCACCUGAGUGAGGGGUAUGGGCAGCUUUGCAGCAUCUACCUCAAACUGCUGAGAACGAAGAUGGAGUACCACACCAAAAAUCCUAGGUUCGCAGGCAACCUUCAGAUGAGUGACCGGCAGCUGGACGAGGCCGGAGAGAGUGAUGUUAACAACUUUUUCCAGCUGACAGUGGAAAUGUUCGACUACCUGGAGUGUGAACUUAACCUCUUCCAAACUGUGUUCAACUCCCUGGACAUGUCCCGUUCCGUGUCAGUGACGACAGCCGGGCAGUGCCGCCUAGCCCCGCUGAUCCAGGUCAUCUUGGACUGCAGCCACCUCUAUGAUUACACUGUCAAACUUCUCUUCAAACUCCACUCCUGUCUUCCAGCCGACACCCUGCAAGGCCACCGGGACCGCUUCAUGGAGCAGUUCACAAAGUUGAAAGAUCUCUUCUACCGCUCCAGCAACCUUCAGUACUUCAAGCGGCUCAUUCAGAUCCCUCAGCUGCCAGAGAACCCACCCAACUUCCUACGAGCCUCCGCCCUGUCAGAGCACAUCAGCCCCGUGGUGGUGAUCCCAGCCGAGGCCUCAUCCCCCGACAGCGAGCCAGUCUUAGAGAAGGAUGACCUCAUGGACAUGGAUGCCUCCCAGCAGAAUUCAUACGACAGCAAGUUCGAUGACAUCUUUGGCAGCUCCUCCAGCAGUGAUCCCUUCAAUUUCAACAGUCAGAAUGGCGUGAACAAGGACGAGAAGGAUCACUUAAUUGAUCAACUGUACAGAGAGAUCAGUGGCCUGAAAGCACAGCUGGAAAACAUGAAGACUGAGAGCCAUCGAGCCAUGCUGCAGCUGAAGGGCCGCAUCAGCGAGCUGGAGGCCGAGCUGGCCGAGCAGCAGCACCUGCGGCAGCAGGCGGCCGACGACAGCGAGUUCCAACGGGCCGAGCUGGACGAGCUCAAGAAGAAGCGAGAGGACACGGAGAAGGCUCAGCGGAGCCUGACGGAGAUAGAGAGGAAAGCCCAAGCCAACGAGCAGCGCUACAGCAAGCUAAAGGAGAAGUACAGUGAGCUGGUGCAGAACCACGCCGACCUGCUGCGGAAGAAUGCAGAGGUGACCAAACAGGUGUCCGUGGCCAGACAAGCCCAAGUGGAUUUGGAACGAGAGAAAAAAGAGCUAGAGGAUUCUUUACAGCGCGUAAGCGACCAGGCCCAGCGGAAGACUCAAGAACAGACGGAAGUACUAGAGAGUUUGAAGCAAGAACUUGCCACCAGCAAACAAGAACUCCAGAUUGUCCAAGGCAGCCUGGAAAGUUCUGCCCAGUCAGAAGCGAAAUGGACCGCCCAGAUCGCCGAGCUGGAGAAGGAGCGGGGCGGCCUGGUGGAAGCCAUGGCUUCUCGGGAGGAGGAACUGUCCACUCUUCGGCAACAGUUGGAAUACACCCAGAUCAAACUGUCCAGCACAGAGGAAUCUGUAGGCCGGCUCGCGAAGGACCAACGAAAAAUGCUUCUGGCGGAGUCAAGAAGGGCUGCCGAGCAGGUGGUGCAGGAGGCCCUGAGGCGGUUUGAGGAGCCCGCUCUCUUCAGCUGCGCCGGAUCUGCAGAUCACCUACUCUCCAAGGUCAGGUCCGUUUCCAGCUGCAUCGAGCAACUGGAAAAAUGCUGGAGCCAGUAUCUGGCCUGCCCAGAAGAUAUCAGUGGGCUUCUGCACUCGGUAACCCUCCUGGCCCACUUGACCAGUGACACCAUUGUUCAUGGCAGCACCACCUGCCUUAGAGCCCCACCAGAGCCUGCCGACUCUCUGACCGAGGCCUGUAAGCAGUAUGGCAGGGAGACCCUCACCUAUCUGUCUUUCCUGGAGGAAGAAGGAAUCGUCGAGAAUGCCGACAGCACAGCCAUGAGGAGCUGCCUCACCAGGAUCACAGCCAUUGGCGAGGAGCUCCUGCCCAGAGGCCUGGACAUCAAACAGGAGGAACUGGGGGACCUGGUGGACAAAGAGAUGGCUGCCACUUCCGCUGCCAUUGAAACCGCUACGGCCAGAAUAGAGGAGAUGCUCAGCAAAUCCCGAGCUGGAGACACAGGAGUUAAAUUGGAGGUGAAUGAAAGGAUCCUUGGCUCCUGUACCAGCCUAAUGCAGGCUAUUAAGGUCCUGAUCGUGGCCUCAAAGGAGCUCCAGAGAGAGAUAGUGGAGAGUGGCCGGGGUACAGCAUCCCCUAAAGAGUUUUAUGCCAAGAAUUCUCGAUGGACGGAAGGACUUAUCUCGGCCUCUAAAGCUGUGGGCUGGGGAGCCACUGUCAUGGUGGAUGCAGCUGAUCUGGUGGUACAAGGCCGAGGGAAAUUUGAGGAGCUGAUGGUCUGUUCGCAUGAAAUUGCUGCUAGCACCGCCCAGCUUGUGGCUGCAUCCAAGGUGAAAGCUGAUAAGGACAGCCCAAACCUGGCCCAGCUGCAGCAGGCCUCUCGGGGCGUGAACCAGGCCACCGCCGCAGUUGUGGCCUCAACCAUUUCUGGCAAAUCACAGAUCGAGGACACAGACAGCAUGGACUUCUCAAGCAUGACGCUGACCCAGAUCAAACGCCAGGAGAUGGAUUCCCAGGUUAGGGUGCUGGAGCUAGAAAACGAACUGCAAAAGGAGCGUCAAAAACUGGGAGAGCUUCGGAAAAAGCAUUACGAGCUCGCUGGUGUUGCCGAGGGCUGGGAAGAAGGAACAGAAGCAUCACCACCUACACUGCAAGAAGCGAUCACCGAGAAGGAAUAGAGUCACACCGACGUCCCACAGCCUUUUCCGUUUCAUCAUUUGCACAAGCUUAUGAACACCGGGGGACUGGUGGAUUCCAAACCGUGACCCGACCCUGAGGCUGCACGGAGUCGGAAGAAGAGCAGAAGUGUCCUGGCUGAGAAUGCCAAGGCAGUGCCCCCCUCUUUUGGCAGUUCCAUGGAUUCCCACUGCUUCUUAUGGUGGUCGGGUCUUUUUUUCCCCAAGUUUCACUCACAUAGCCAACACUCCCAGGGGAUCGCCCCUGAAGCCCUGAGCUAUUGGGGGCCCCUAACCACAGCAGCUCACAGCAAUGGUGCUGCCUAGGCUUCGCCACGGUGCUCCCCGCCGGCCCCCCGAGCCGAGUGUCCUGCUGAGCAAGUGUGGGUCGGCCGAGGCCACUCCCCAGGGCCGGGCGGAAGGAGAGCGAGUGCCUUGCCUUCUAAAGCUGGAGCCCAGCCGAAAGCCUCUGCCCACCUUCACAAGUGAGGGGCGACAGAGAGAGGGAGAGGAAGGGUGCACACAGCCCAGGUCUUCAGGAGACCACCUUUCUUGGAAACUCCUUGUGACCGGGCUGAAAAGCCUUAUCCCAUGCUUGAACCCAGCCGGUGAGAGUAGCCACACUUCCUCCCCCCGGAAGGAAUCUUCCAUGGCCCCUCAGUUGACACCUCCCUUCAUACCCAGGCAGGGCCCUAAGAGGGAACACGUGAGGGGUUUCCAAUCCCUUUCUCCAAAUGUCUGCCUUGGCACCCUCUUGAAUCUCAAGAAGGUAGUUCCAUGUUCUACCUAAUGGACAGACCCAGAAGAUCAGGCCAACUUACUUGCUCCCAGCAGGAAAGACCCUGGGCUUGGUUUGGUACCUUGAAUAUUCUGACUAAUCUCCAUUAGCAGCAGUGCUGGCAGCAACCAGGAUUUCAGGUGUGACUAUGGCUAGGCUUGCGUUGCUGCCUGAGUACAUCCGUCUUUAAGAAUCGGAAACAAGACCUAGAGGCCAUCCCGAUCUGUCGUUGCCGGUUUGGGUCUUGAAGAGGAAAGCUCCUCAGAGCAUCGGGGUCAGGGAAAACAAGAGAGGGGGACCACUGGCUCUGACCCCUUCCAACCACACAUCCCGGGCCCUGGCUGCCUCGCGGACAGGAUGAGGACAGAAGGAGCUUGAACGAUGUCCUGGAGAUGGGCAGCCCGCCAGCACUUCUUCACCUCCAGAUGGACCCCAGCAUUUAAGUGACCUUCCCAUCUUGGACAAACAAUGUCUUCCUUCCUUUAUCUGUAGCAAUUCAUAGGUAGUAGCCAACAAGCACUUCCCAGGACCUGUCCCCAAGGACCAUUGCUGAGUGUUGCUACGUGACAGGUUGUGAGACUCCCUUUUGAUCACUGUGAAUCAACUCUCUCUCCUUCCUAAGCCCCCACCGCCAACUCCCUUUCUCUGCAUUUUCUCACUAGGGCACUCAAAAACCUGUGUCCCAUGAGCUCAGAUUAUGAGACUCAGAUGUGUGAUCUCCAUACUGGGCUGACAAGGCAGCAGCAGUAGAAACUGACCGGUCUUAUGUUUACUGCUUCUUUGUGCUCAACUAUUUUUCCACCCAAGCCUCAGAAGGAAUGAUGUGUAGCAUCCCUGGCCCAGCUGUGCCUAUUAAGCCAACUGGUGUGUUCUCAGCCAUGGGUCAACACUUCCAAACGUGGCUGGUCCUCACUUCCAGAAUCUCAGCCAUUCAGACUAUUGUGCUCCAAAUUACCGAUGGGGGGAAAUCUAGUAUGUGGGACCAGAUUAGGAUUCCCUGAGUAACACUCCCUCUAAAAAGAAGCCACAGUAAUUUUUAAAACCUUCAUGGGCUUCUCCGGAGUAAUAAGACAGUUAAGAAAGCACUUAAACAGGAACACAGGCUAAUUCAGUCUCACAUGAGGAAAUAUAUGUCAGAAUUAGUAUAAUUACUUUUAUAAUCGCUUGACUCAGAAGCUAGUCCAUUCUCUAGCCCAAAUCAAAAUGUCGUACCUUGGCUACUCUAAAAAUGAGCGUGUUAUCCUGGGUGUGAAAUGCCUUGGUUAAAACAGGAAUCACAUCCUCAGGCUAAAAAUGAACCUCACAGCCUUUUAAAUUAGUCACUGAGCAUCAUUCGUGACUUGAGUCUCAUGGGUCAGUGUGAAUGGGUCAGAGCAAGGCAGGACAGCAAUGAAGUGAUGCCUUAGCGUUGACGAGAGGCCGAAAUACAGCCGUAUCCAUUAUUUUAAUUGUGUAGCACAGUGUCUCAUAUCUCUAGAGUAAGGAUAUGAGUGUACAUAAUAAGGAAAAAACAUUGAAGGAAAGACCUACCUCUGUGGGGUUAUUUAUAUCUGAGCACGGAGUUUAAAUGAGACUCGAAUUUAGAUUGUUUGCUGAUUCUGCUGCCCACAACAGGAUCCCUAGGAUCCUACCUGAAUUUGAGUCCCUGACCCAGUGGCUGGAAGAACCAUUGUCCACAGCAUCCUUUCUUGGAAGUGUCUGAGCUGCCAAGGCAGACAGCAGGGUUUACACCGGGUACCACGGGGAUCAUGAGCUAAUGUCUCCAGUCCGGUUGGUUUGCUUCGGCCUCUCACUGAGGAGCUGGUUUGGGGCUUGCACCUGGGUGGCGCCUGCUUCUUGGCCAGCUCCUUAGUCUAGAGGGAUCUCCUGGCUCCACUUACCUUGGUCUUUACCAAGUGGUGAUGUUCUUGCUACCUUCUACCACCUUUCUGCGUCUCUGGAAAUCCUUUCUGCCAGUGAAAGCCUUCAGUCCUGGCAUUGGCCUUCCAACCAGACUGGCUUUGCCCUCUCUCCGCCAUCCUCGGUCCUCCAGAGACCGUGCUGCCUGUUGCAUAGAAAACCACCACCUCGGGCCUGCCAGCCAUCAACACAGCAUACCGGGCCAGCUGUCUACUGCUCACAUCUCCCAGGUCCAGACCAAAAUACAGGAUUAGCAACCCACAGUGGCAACUUGGCCUCUCACCCCAGGAGCCAAAGCAACAUGAAACAAUUGGUCAAACAUCGUUGGGUCCGAUUCUGAGAGUAGGUGAUUUCCAGACAUGUCUUUCAGGUGACCCUCAACUACCUCAGGUUUGAAGGCCCUAAAUUAGGCUGAUUACUACUCACAGGGACAAACUGAGGGGGCUCAGAUAAAUCUUGGUGAUAACGCAAUUGUCUCAAACUUAUAACAAACUCUUUCACAUUUAGGUUUUCAGGGAUGGGAUUGGGUUUUUUCUUCUGUUUUUAACCUUUUCCCCAAUUUUCCAUUAGAAUAGUUCCUAUAAAUGAAUUUCAUUUUUCACUGAGUGCCUACCUUCCCAGGGCAGGUAGCCACUGGCUCUGUUUCCUUCCAACAGUACUUUUAUUAUGGUAUUAAGACUUUUCUUUGUAUAAUACAUUGCAUCUGUGUUUUCAAUUUUUCAAUAAAUAUUUCAACC